GAGGCUGGUGAGAGAGGGAAAGAGCAUAGCAAGCAGACACAGAGGAGCAGAGGAGAAAGUAGUAUGGCCCGGGCUGCUCUUCUAAUCUAUUUGCACACAGCACUUUUCCUCAAUAUUCUGGAAACAGGACAUGCCAGUGAAAAUAGUACCAGAGUGCUGAAAGCUACAGCUCCAGGAGAUAUCAUCAUUGGAGGGAUCUUUCCCAUUCACGAAGACGUAGACAAAGACAACACUUUCUCUGGACCCCACAUACAGCGAUGUAUCAGGUGAAUCAGUUAUUCAUCGACCGCUGUCAUUCUAAGCGAUAAGAGCCGCUUCCCCACCUUCAUGAGGACCAUUCCUAAUGAUGAUCAUCAGACAGCUGCCAUGGUCAGUCUGCUCAGCACCUAUGGCUGGAACUGGGUGGGAAUAGUUACCACAGAUGGAAAUUACGGCAGUUCAGCGCUUGACCUCUUUGUGUCCCACGCUUCUGAAAAGGGGAUCUGUGUGGCCUUUAAAUCAAUCCUACCUCAGUCUGUAAGCAACCCUGAUGUCUGCUCUGCUGUCAUGCAGACUGCCGAAACCAUUUACAGGAACCCCAAGGUACAGCUGAUUGUGUCCUUUGCCACAUCAACUCACAUGAUGUACCUAUACCAGGAGCUUAAGAAUCAGACGCUGAAAGCAGGACAGAACAUGAGGUCAAUGAGAAGAGUCUGGGUGGCCAGUGACAGCUGGUCCUCCUCCAGCUCUGUGACAGGUAACUUAACUCUGGAGGACAUAGGACAUGUUGUGGGCUUCACCUUCAAAAGGGGAGACAUGUCAUCAUUCAGUGAGUACCUGAGCAGGCUGGAGGCGGCUGGACAGGACUACACGGAGAAUAACUCCUUCAUGCAGGAGUUCUACAGGCAGCUAAAUGCUACUGAAGGUUCUGGAGACACUAAGCUGGUGUCUAAAGCUGUGAACAUCCUCAGAGAACACUCUCAUGCUGCUUCUGUCUUCAGUAUUGAGAUGGCUGUGAGUGCUAUCGCUCAGGCUGUGGCAUCUAUCUGCAAGAGCAGAGACUGCAAAACUCCAGGCACCGUGCAACCCUGGGAGGUGCUGAAAGCUCUGUGGAUGCAGGAGUUUAAACUUCAAGGACAGAGCUAUACGUUUGACAGCAGGGGAGACAUCAACCUGGGCUAUGAUGUUACAAUGUGGAAGUCAGAUGAAGGGAGAAUCCAUGUGCAUGAUGUUGUAGCUCAGUAUCACCCACACAACAACACCUUCACCUACACCAACUACAGCACCACUCGACAUUUGCAGGGCCUAAAGCACAUCAUCUCAAAAUGCUCCAAUAGCUGUGUCCCUGGAGAGUUCAAGAAAACGGCUGAGGGUCAACACACCUGUUGUUAUGAAUGCAUCAACUGCACUGAGAACUACUACUCUAAUAAUACAGAUAUGGACCAGUGUUUGAGCUGUGACACAAACACAGAGUGGUCUCCAAAGGGCAGUUCCAGCUGCAUCCCCAAAACCCUGCUCUUCUUCUCCUGGCAGGACGGCUUUGCUGUGGUGCUCCUGACAUUCUCUGCCCUGGGAAUCCUCCUGACUGUGCUGGUGUCAGCUUUGUUCCUACAUCAGCGGGACACCCCUGUAGUGAAAGCUGCAGGAGGGCCACUUAGCCAGACCAUCCUGUUCUCUGUGGUCAUCAGUUACAUCAGUGCCAUGCUGUUUGUUGGCCGGCCCAACAGCCUCCAAUGCAAGGCACGACAGGUGCUCUUUGGCAUCAGCUUCACUCUGUGUGUCUCCUGUAUCCUGGUCAAGACCCUGCAUAUCCUGCUAGCCUUCCGGUGUGACCCUAAACUGCAGGAGGUUCUGCGGAGGCUCUACCAGCCUUACAUCAUCGUCAGCAUCUGUGUGGCCUUACAGGUAACUACCUGCAUCUGCUGGCUGGUCCUCAAAAGCCCAUAUAAUCACAUCAUCAGGCUUCCAACCAGUCUGAUGGAGGACUGUCAUGAAGGCUCAUAUUUGGCCUUCGGGGUGAUGCUGGGCUACAUAGCUGUUCUGGCUUUUGUGUGUUUCAUCUGUGCCUUCAAAGGACGCAAACUGCCACAGCACUACAAUGAGGCAAAGUUCAUCACGUUCAGCAUGCUGCUCUACCUCAUCUCGUGGCUGCUCUUUGUUCCUGUCUACGUCACCACUUCAGGAGUGUACCUGCCAGCUGUGGAGAUGGUGGUCAUUCUCAUCUCCAACUUCGGCAUCCUGAGCUGUCAUUUUUUCCCGAAGUGCUAUAUAAUCCUUUUUAAGAAGGAACAAAACACCAAGAGUGCUUUCAGGAAGAAUCUGUAUGAAUACUCGAGCAAAACCACAGAUUCCGUCUCUGUGUCUGGAAGCUCAGUGUCAGAGCGACAGUCCAGCACUGGUCAGCACUGUACCUCGUCCCUCUCUGUACCUGCAGCCAAUCCUCUCAAAACUGCUGUGGUGACAAACUGCAGAGAGCAGACUAGCUGCACAAGUUUGCACAGAGGUUCAAUCUCACGACACUGCCACAGAAGAAGCACCAGCAUAUGAACUUCUCAUAUAAACUUCUCAACCA